AUGCCCGUCGAUCCCGUUUCGAGCAGUGUUGGCUCCGUCAACAAGGCCAGCGACACCGCGACCAGCACGGCCAAAUCGACCACCAAGAAGCCCGUCAAAAAAUUACAAAAGACCACUAAACCGGUGACCAGCGAUCCAGACCUUCCCGGUGGAUUUCCCAGCGAAGAGACUGCUCGCAAGAAUGACCAACCUCCACCCUCGGUCAACUUUGGCGGUAUCUGGACGGCCAUCAAGCAGUGGUUUGCCUCGUUCGUUCCGUGGGCCUUUGACUGGUUCGAAGUCUUUGUCCAAACGUUAGUCAACAAGUACCUGCCAGCACCGAAACAGGCGGCCAUGUACGAGAAGAUUCUGCAACGGCCGAUUGCUUCGACAUUUCUUAUCUGUCAGAUGAUCUGCUGCGGGGUGCCUUUGCUUGUCUUCCUCUUGGGAGUGUUCUUGUUUGCGAUCAUUGCGGUGCUGCUCUGGGUGGUGUUGGCGCUGCUGAUUCUGGGCCCGGUCUUGCUUGUGGCCAGUAUGAUGGGUGUUUCGCUUUGGGGUUGGGGUUGGGUGUUUUAUGGAUUGGUCAAGUUUCUCGAUCGGAAGUUCCUGGGCGGUGUGAUUAUGCGCAGUUGGGCGAUCAAGCAACAGACUGAUGUUGGGCAGGACGAGGGUGAGGCCGAAGAGACGACCGUGGAAGAAGAAGGUGGGAAGAAAGAACAAUGA